AUGUCCACGUCUUCGUCUACCGGGUACAGCAACAAGAAUGCCGCCCAUAUUAAGCAAGAGAACAUACUGAGACAAAGAGAGACGUCCUCCGUCAACGCCAGUGACGAGCUGCUAAGUACAGAUGAGCAAAACAUGGAAGAUUUCUCGAAGGCGAAGAUCGCUGCGAAAGACUCGUUGUUUCGUCUCGAAGCCAUCCUGAUGCCCGUGGUGUUUACCGCGUUGGCUUUAUUCACCAGGAUGUACAAGAUCGGCAUCAACAACCGUGUUGUUUGGGAUGAAGCGCAUUUUGGUAAGUUCGGGUCGUACUACUUAAGACACGAAUUUUACCAUGAUGUCCAUCCCCCCCUGGGGAAGAUGCUUGUCGGGUUGUCCGGUUACUUAGCAGGGUACAAUGGCUCCUGGGACUUCCCCUCCGGUGAGCUCUACCCAGACUACUUAGACUACGUCAAGAUGAGACUGUUUAACGCGUCAUUUUCUGCGCUCUGUGUUCCCUUGGCUUACUUCACCGCCAAGGCUAUUGGAUUCUCGCUGCCCACUGUUUGGUUGAUGACUGUUUUGGUUCUGUUCGAAAACUCGUACAGUACUUUGGGUAGGUUCAUUCUUUUGGACUCCAUGCUGCUGUUUUUCACUGUAGCAUCCUUCUUUAGUUUCGUCAUGUUCCACAACCAAAGAUCCAAGCCCUUCUCCAGAAAAUGGUGGAAAUGGCUAUUGAUCACGGGUAUUUCCCUGGGUUGUACGAUUUCCGUCAAGAUGGUUGGUCUACUUAUCAUCACUAUGGUCGGUAUCUAUACUGUGAUUGACUUGUGGACCUUCUUGGCGGACAAAACCAUGUCGUGGAAAACCUACAUCAACCAUUGGUUGGCAAGAAUCUUCGGGCUCAUUAUCGUUCCCUCCCUCAUUUUCCUACUGUGUUUCAAGAUCCAUUUUGACCUACUAUCCCACUCUGGUACUGGGGAUGCUAACAUGCCAUCGCUUUUCCAAGCAAGAUUAAUCGGGUCUGAUGUUGGACAAGGUCCUCGUGAUAUUGCCCUCGGCUCAUCCGUCGUUUCGAUCAAAAACCAGGCUCUUGGAGGCUCCCUAUUGCACUCGCAUAUACAAGGUUACCCAGAAGGUUCCAACCAACAACAGGUUACCGGUUAUGGUUACAAAGAUGCAAACAACGCGUGGUUCUUCAACAGAGAAAGAGGCCUACCAUCCUGGUCGGAAAACGAAACCGAUAUUGAAUUCCUGAAAGCCGGUGCCAGUUAUAGAUUGGUACACAAAAGUACAGGUAGAAAUCUGCACACUCAUCCAGUCGCCGCACCAGUGUCCAAGUCACAAUGGGAAGUCUCCGGUUACGGUGACGACUUUGUUGGUGACAACAAGGACAAUUGGGUCAUCGAAAUCAUGGACCAAAGAGGGGAUGAAGACCCAGAGAAGUUGCAUACCUUGACCACUUCUUUCCGUAUCAAGAACAUGGAAAUGAACUGUUACUUGGCUCAAACCGGUAACAGUUUGCCAGAAUGGGGGUUUAGACAGCAGGAAAUUGUUUGUAUGAAAAAUCCCUUUAGAAGGGAUAAAAGAACAUGGUGGAACAUCGAAACUCAUGAAAACGAAAACUUACCACCAAGACCUGAAGACUUCACAUAUCCAAAGACCAAUUUCUUCAAAGAUUUUAUUCAUUUGAACCUAGCCAUGAUGGCCACUAAUAACGCCCUAUUACCAGAUCCAGACAAAUUCGACUAUUUGGCUUCUUCCGCUUGGCAAUGGCCAACUUUGAACACUGGUUUGAGACUAUGUGGCUGGGGAGACGAUAAUCCAAAGUACUUCCUACUAGGUACCCCGGUCUCCACAUGGGCUUCUAGUGUUGCUGUCAUAGCAUUCAUGGCCACUGUAGUCAUCCUACUGAUAAGAUGGCAAAGACAAUACGUUGACUUGACCAAUCCAUCCAGCUGGAACGUUUUCCUAAUGGGUGGGUUCUACCCGCUACUAGCCUGGGGUCUACAUUUCGUUCCAUUCGUCAUCAUGUCUAGAGUCACGUAUGUUCACCACUACUUGCCGGCAUUGUAUUUCGCAUUGAUCAUUUUGGCUUACUGUUUCGACGCCGGUUUGCAAAAAUGGUCCAGGUCCAAAUGCGGCCGUAUUAUGCGUUUCGUCUUAUACGCUGGUUUCAUCGCCCUUGUAAUCGGCUGCUACCAGUACUUCUCCCCCAUUUCAUUCGGAAUGGAGGGCUCGAGCCAAAACUUCCGUUAUCUAAACUGGCUAUCCACCUGGGAUAUUGUUGACAAACAAGAAGCAUGA